CGCCAAUUACAAUAGCCAACCAACAAAACGAUGUCGUGAUAAAGUACGAAUUAGGAAUAUUGUCUGUAGCUCUUUUCUUUUGAUUAAUUAUCAAUUUUCCUCUAUAUCUGAUCUAAGAAGGAAAAAAGAAAAAAAAAAAAAAAAAAAGAAAAGAAAAAAAAAAGAAAGAAAUGAAAGGCAUUAAUGCAAUUUAAUUGCCGCAGCCGUGCUAGCGAUCAAACUUAUUCACGCAAUAAGCGACAGUUACUGUUCUCAUAGAAACCUUUAUGGAUACGGUCCUGAGCAUUUAUAUACAUCAACCGAAAUAUGAAAUUUUAUCGUUAGAAAGUUUGUUGUCGAAGAAGGUAACGUUUGUGUUACACUAUACAUAAAUAUUAACAAGACAGAAGAUAGUUAUAAGUUUGCACAUUAUAAUUAAGAAUUGUACAAUCGAGUACAAGAUAGGAGGUACAUAGAAAAAAUGCAGAAAGCACACAGAGUAAGAAGAGAAAUAGCUCGUUUAAUGGUGAAGCCACCAGAAGGGGUGUCCUGUUAUAUAAAAGAAGAUUCAACAGAAUAUAUAUUAGUUACUAUCAUUGGGCCUGCUGGAUGUGCAUAUGAAGCUGGUGUUUUUGAAUUAGAUGUCGAAUUACCAGAACGAUAUCCCUUUGAACCACCACAUGUGAAAUUUCGCACACCGAUUUAUCAUCCAAAUAUUGAUAAUAAUGGACGUAUAUGCUUAGAUCUAUUAAGAAUGCCACCUAAAGGUGGUUGGAAACCAACUAUAAGUUUAGAAAAUCUUUUAACUGCUAUUCGAUCGUUACUAGUACAUCCAAAUAUUAAUGAUCCACUUAUGACAGAAAUUGCAGACGAAUAUCGUUAUAAUAGAUUUGAAUUUGAGUAUAAAGCUCGUAACUUUCAAGGUGAAUCCAAAAGGAAAAGAGAUAUAAAUUCAAUAAAUGUCUGCUAAUCCAUUAAUGAAAUUAAUAAAGUAUUAUGGAUUUAUUUUUAUAUUUUUAUAUGUAUGUAAAAUUGCAGAUUCCUUGUCCCUUUCUAAUGAAACAUUGAAGUUAGAAAUUUUUCUUUUACAAUAUAUUAUAUUUUUCUUAGUAAAAGUAUGUAUUACAAUUUUUAAAAAGUUUGUAUAUGUAUAUGUAUUUUUAUAAAACAUUUUCACAUUGUAUGUCAAUAAAUUUGUUAAUUAACAAUACAUCUGUCAAGAUACAAUAA